AUGGCUGAUUAUGGACUUGAUAUCUUGGGCGUGGAAGACUGUACGACCAAUGUUGCCAACACAAUGCAUAUGAAGGCCUAUCCGGUACGAACCAAGCGAUCACGGUCAUCCACGGCACCAAAGGCGGAAAGUGAGCACGAUGUCAUCCAUAACGUACCAGCGAACGGGAGAGGGCCGAAUCAGAUGUCAGGCCUCCAACGGCAAAGAAAUUGUGGCAUACUCCUGCAUGCCACGAGGUCACGGCAGAGGCGAGAGAAAGCUCCGGAGUGGUCCAUCUGCAGAAAUCCUUCUCUCGGCUUCUCAGAUGCUCCUCUUGCAUACAUUGCUGGCCAAUUGCCGGGACCAAGCCAGGAGGACCUCCACGCGUACCAUCAGCAGCUCAUCGACUCCUCCACCCAAUGCUAUGCCGCAGCGGCUUACCGGUGGGUGGACCUGCUGUGGAACGUGGCGCGAAGUCAUGAGAUCCUGUUCCACAGCAUUGUCGUCUUUGCACGGUACAAAGAGGCGAACUGUGCUUGUAUGAAGACGUUUCUCGACUCCAAGAAUCGAAUUCUUCGUCUCAUCUCGACACGCGUACAGAAUCCUGGCGACGGUACACACCAUGACGGUCGGACACUUGUCGCAAUUGCCUUGCUGGCCUACACGGAUUUGAGAGAUGGCGACUUCGAGGCUGCCGAGACUCACCUGCGGGCGCUGCCCCUCUUAUCCGCUGCCGAUUCCUGGUCGCCCUACGAAUGGGUUUAUAUUGCUUGGAUCGAUCUGCGCUUGGCACUACUUCGCAAUCAACGACCGACGUUGUCAUAUUACAUACCUCCAGCCUUCCGCGAACCCCCCUUUUCCAUGGCUCGACAAAGUGCGCGCGCUCGCAAGCUUGCUCUUUCCAACAUCAAGCAUGGUCCAAGGAAUGGCGCCGACCAAACAUUCACGAAUGUAUGCUUUCACAUGUUCUCGUCUCUCCAUGAGAUCGGGCUUGCCUGGCAUGCCCUUAAUCAGGCUGGUGAAAUACCAUUUGGGGCACUGUAUGGACUCGAGUACUCUCUUCGCACAAUGCAAGACGGUGUCCGGACCAGCGAAGGAUCAGACCAUAGCAGUGAAGUUAACGAACUGAUCCUGCUUUGCAUUCAGCUUCAGACUUGGAUCCUUGGCCGUUUCUGGACGCCGCAACGUAUGGAGACUUACAUUAUUGUCCUGCGUCGAGCUCAGUCCCUUCUUGAUGGCCUUGCUGCUCUGCCUUCAACAGAAGAGGAGAUACCACCCAACGAUGACUGGCAAGGCUUGACUGAAGUUCUCGACCCAACAUGCAUCUUGUGGAUCACAUUCACCUUGGCCGGCAUCGCGAUAGAGUUCGGACAUCCGUGUCAGGCCUUCUCCGCUACUGCCACACCCUGCACAAACCUCAAGAUGAUGAAACACUCGGAAAUCGGACCCAUCCUUAUGAUCGACGGGAAGAUCUUCUUCAAGAAGAGAAAAGAAGCCCAAAACGAGGCAGGUCGCAACGAAGAUUCCGCUCAGCCAUGGGCGUCACGUCGUCCGAAAGGAAAGCAGCGAAAGAAGUCUGCACCAGGCACGGGUCUCAGUGUGAGCGGCAAACAAGAGCUGCCCAAGGAGAACGGAAAGCCAGACGAGCGCCAGCUCGGCACCAUCACAGUCAAGUUACCCAGAGACGCCCUGAACGACCUACUCAAGAACGGCCCCGAUAAAGCAUCAGCAUCAAGCCUUCGAGACAUCGCAACCGCCAUACAUCAAGAAGACGCCCCUCUCAGAGUGCCUACAGAAGCUGUGAGAACUUUCAAAAUCGCCUUGUUCUUCUGUGGCCCUGGCGUGUUCAAGACACGUGCACUCUUUGCCUGCAAUCAGAACACGCUAUACGACUUGGCGGUAGUGGCUGAGGAUGUUUUUGGAGUGGCUCUGAAGGACCAGGAGAUCAGCACCACCUUCGGGAACGACAUGGAGGUCAAGUGUUAUCCACGAGAGCCUUACAAGCUUGGCACGUUGCAGGAGAUGGGUGGCCUCGAAGAGGGACUUGUCUUCUGGGUGGAGGAUGGCCGCUACAAGAUCCCAAAGGCUUUGUUCGAGGAAGUGUUCGCUCAACGCCCAACCUCUGGCGCCAGCAAAAAGCGCAAAGCACCAGGCGAACUGGACGAUGACAAUGAUGACAAGACCUACCGAUCUUCAUCCAGCGCCAGCAACAAUCAGAAACGCAAGAAACCCAACACCAACGGCGGAACCACCACAGUCAUCAUCGACCUGCCCACCAAGGCCUUGGACGACAUUCUCAACAACGUCCCAAGCAAGGCUCCGCAGAAGAGCAUCCGCGAAAUCAUCGCCAUGAUUCAUUCGCAAAAAGCCCUCAUCACGUCCCAUUCAAAGCCAGCAGACUUCACCAUUACCACCUGUCGCAACCAGACCACUUGGAAGAACCACUUCCGCGUGAACAACGUUCACAAGCUUCAUGACCUGGCGAGAGCUAUUGCAGCCGCUUCAGGGACAGGUAUCCAGAGCAUGUUGAUCGAUGUCGUCGCCGUGGGCAGAGAGGACGUCGUCCAGCAGUACUGCGUGGCAAACGUCGAGGAUGCAGGACGCACCAUUGAGGAGCUGGGCCUUGUUCAAGGGUCGCGCAUCCUCUUCAAGGCCAACGACAAGAAGCAGAAGGACGAGGGUGAUUGA